AUGUCCACCAUCGUGGACGCCCGGCCGAGAGGGACCUACAUACCCGCGGACUGUCCACAAUGUAAGACCCAGAUGGAGUAUAUGGUUCCACCUACUUUUAUUGGGAGUUUGAGAGUCAGAUGUUCUUCCUGUAAAACACUCUUCUCACACCCCCAACCUAAACCUUCCGCUCGCCCUACAACAUCCGCGUCCUCAGGACCCUCCACCAGUAGACGUAUGGGAACAGACAAAUGUCCGAUAGAUAUGGCUUACUAUGACGUUUUAGGACUAGACAGUCAAUGUACUACUGAAGAAGUCAAGAAGGCGUAUAGAAGAUUGGCUAUAAAGUUACAUCCUGAUAAAAAUAGAGAUGAUCCCGACGCUGAGGAGAAGUUCAAACAGAUCGCAAUCGCCUACCAAGUCCUCUCGGACCCUGAACUUCGGCAUAAGUAUAACGAGUUCGGACAGAAGAAUGGAGGGGGUAGUGCCGAGCCUGCUGGAGGAUUUUCUGAUCCUGAAGAGGUGUUUGGUAAGAUGUUCGGGGGAGAUCAAUUUGAGGAUCUCAUUGGAGUCAUCAGUAUCGGGAAAGAUAUGAAAGAUGCCUUCCAACAACAAGCAGAUGAGACACAGCCCAGCGACUAUGUUAUGGGUCCCACUGGUCGACCCGUCAUGACCCACGAAGCUAUGCAGCGGAAAAUCACUAGGGAGCGCGCCAAAGCUGAAGAGAAAGCGAAAAUCCGUGCAACCAGAGUGGAGAAACUUUCCGUGAACCUCAUCAACAAAUUGUCCAUAUUUACCGAAGCUGCAAAGGGAUCGCAUGACCAACUAAUGGCCACUUCAUUCAAAGAGAAAUGUCGGAUAGAAGCGGAACAACUGAAAGAGGAAAAUUAUGGGGUGGAGUUGCUGCACGCUAUCGGUAGAGCGUAUCAGGUGAAAGCUUCACAGCAUCAAGCAUCUAGUCAAUUCGCGCCAUUAGGAUGGUUUCAUGGUGCAAAAAAUACAUUCAACGUUGCUGCUGAUACAGUGUCCACUCUGCGAUCCGCCAUCGAACUCAAAUCGGUAUUUGACAGAUUACAACAGGCCGAACAAUCCGGUAUGCCACCCGAGCAGCUGCGCAAGCUGGAAGAGCAAGCGGCAGAGCAGGGAAUGAGGACCAUGUGGAAGGGCGUGAAGUUGGAAGUGGAAUCGAUAGUGAGGGAGACGGCGGAAAAGGUGUUAUCUGAUCCAAGAGUGAGCAAGGAGAAACGAGAGAUGAGAGCGGUAGCUUUGGAGCUCAUGGCUGAAGCUUUCUUGAGCGUGCGAGAAGGUAAAGAAGAAGAUUUUGUCAAAGUAGACACUCCCGCUUCAAAACAACGCGAAUCCGCAGCGGCCAACGCGAAUCGCCCACCUGCUCCAACCGUCCCACCUAGACCAGUCAACGAGACACCCGUACCUCCCACACCUGUACCUGCACCGGCGGUCCCUCCUCGUCCAUCUGGUGAGACUUCCGCCGCUCAGUCUACGGAACAAAGUGCGGAAAAGCAAGACACUCUGAAUGCGGCUUACAAAGCUUACGAGAGCAAGCGUAAACCCCCACCUUUAGAAGGUAAUCCGCCAUAA